AUGUCACUGGACUCCAACUCGACUGUGACGGAAUGGGAAAGCUCGAAUGAUUCCGAACAUCGUCAUGCGAGUAUGAACACGGUGAGGGAGUCUUUACAUGCCAUGUCCGUGCAACUCAAGGAUGGCUCACGCAAGAUUAACCAAUACCAUCUACUCAAGGAAAUCGGUAAGGGCUCUUUCGCGAUUGUUCAUCUUGGCGAAACCAAUGACGAGCAACGUUUCUAUGCUAUUAAAGAAUUCGACAAGCGUCGAAUGCGGCGGCAACGUCUGAUGGAGCUCCGCAAACAUCUCCAAACCCUGUCGAAAUUGAACGAUGAAAAUGAUCCGUUGAGUCUCGUGCGCGCUGAAGUCGCUAUUAUGAAGAAGCUUCACCAUCCAAAUAUUUUGCGGAUAUAUGAGGCCCUAGAUGAUCCAAAUACGGACCACCUUUAUCUCGUUUUCGAAUACUGCCACGGUGGUGUUGUGUAUUCAGUCAAGCCAGGGCAAAAAAGUGUGCCCCUGUCCGAAGAACAAGCUCGUCAUUAUUUCCGCCAGAUUAUGUGUGGUGUGGCAUACCUUCAUUCUCUUGGGAUUGCUCACAGAGAUAUCAAGCCAGACAAUAUCUUGCUCACACAUGCCAAGGGCGAAUGUAAAAUCGCCGACUUUGGUGUCUCGGAAAUAUUUGUGAAACCAGGCAAUGAUAUGGUCUCAGAUAUGGCCGGAACUCCUGCUUUCAUGAGCCCUCAAUUGUGCCGAGCUGGGAAUGCUUUUUCGCAUGGAUACACCGAUGACGUCUGGGCUUGCGGCGUUACGCUAUAUUGCUUUCUUAUGGGUCACAUGCCCUUCGACAAAUCAGCUAUUCUGGAUCUGUACGCUUCCAUCGUAAAUGAUGAGCCGGUGUUUGGCACACAUUUGAGUGCGGAGAGUGUAGAUCUACUGCAAAAGAUGUUCAUCAAAGACGCAUCGAAGCGCAUCACUGCGGAUGCCAUUCUUCAGCAUCCAUGGAUUACAAAAAAUGGAACCGACCCCGUGCCUAGCUUUUCUGAUCCCGGAGCCCCAUUAGACUCCAUCACGGACGAAGACGUGCAAAGCGCUGUGUGCCGCAUCGGCAGCAUGUUCACCGUGGCGCACGCUGUAUCGAAGUUCAAAAGAGCAAGUUCCCGCACAAGCAGCACCUCUAACUCGUGUGAUAGCGGUAACGAAAACAGUUCGAUCUCAAAUAAUUCAGAGGCUUCCCAUGCGAAAGCCUGGGUCCCAGGAGGCUCACCGAGCCCUGCCAUGUCGCCGAGUGAGCAAGAUAAUUCAGCUUUGGCGCCCACAAUCUUUGAUCAACAAGUCACUCUUUCUCCUUCUUCAACAAUGGAACAACCACCUUUGCUAGAGUCACCCAAAGGGGCACAGCACACAGCUCCUCAGCCCAUACUCACUUCUUCUCCCAAAGAAGACGUUGUUGUUUGUGCAUCACCUACAAGCACAACCAUAGAUGUGUAA